UGCAACCUAGCCCUUUGCAGUCCCGUUAAGCUGCCUCCCCGAUUGGCCAGCUUCCAACCCUUCGCAUUCUGAUUGGAAGAAGCGUGCCCGUAUUUAGAUUGGUCCCGAUUCAAGCUGGGCUGCGUUGCAGCGUUGAUGCUCCUGAGGAGAGACAGCCUUGGGGGAGCCGAGAGACGGCUAUAGGCCGGGCGCUGAGGGAGACGACACCCAGGGCGGAGGAGGCCGGUACAGUCUCCGGGGAGAAGAGUUCGCCGUGAAGUAGAAGGAGCUGGAAGAAAGCGGGAGAGGAGAGAAAGGAUGGAGGAGAAAACAGACAUCUAGGGGGGAGAGAAGAGACGGCGGAGACACCUGUGGAAUGACGAGGAGAGUCCCCCCGUGUGUGCGGGAGAAUCAUGUGAGGGAGACGGUGUGACCGGAGAGCUCGGUGACCUUCCACUGGCAGCCAUCCAUCACAUGAGUGACACCAUGGAGUGCAGGGAUGAUGGCAGUGUGUCCCCACCAUAGCCUUUCAUGAAGUCUUCUGUCCCUGGAUUGCUGGGAGGAUCUUCCUCUGGAUAUUAUUAUCUCCUGUACACCUCCUCAUUGCAUCCUAUGGAGAUCGCCUGCUGAAGACACCCCCCCUGUCUUCAUGCGCCCUGGAAGUGUGUAAGGGAGCCCUGUCCGCGGCCCCACCGCUGUGCCUGGUGAUGGUGCCAGCAGGAUGCCUUGGUUGCCAUUGAAGAAGAUCCGCAGGCAGUUUAAACUUCUGCUCUUAUUGGUGCUACUUACCUCAGCAGUCUGGGUCACCUACCUGCACAUCAGUCUAGCAAGACAGGGCAAAGCUCUGAGGUUGCCCUUCGUCUACUAUAGAGAUGCAGAUAGACUUGAAGGAACAGACCCGGCCCGCAAACAAGGGAGACUUCAGGCUUCUCCUCCUCACUCACAGGCAGGAGAUUCCAGUGAGGAACUUUCCACGUUGGAUGCUGUCGGCUGGAAGAGGAGCCAGAGAUUGCAUGGCAACCUAGAGGAGGCAAAUCUUACGGAUACUCCCUUGCCCUGGGAUAAGAAGAAUAAAGGCAAGGUCAACCUCCAUGUGUUUGAGGACUGGUGCGGUGGGUCUGUGUUGCACCUCAAGACUAACCUUCAUUUCCCCCUGUAUCCUCAUAUGCGUACCACUGUUACUAAACUGGCUGUUUCGCCCAAGUGGAAGAACUAUGGCCUCAGAAUAUUUGGGUAUCUACACCCCUUCAAGGAUGGUGAUUACCAGUUUGCUGUGGCAUCAGAAGAUAACUCAGAAUUGUGGCUUAGUACAGAGGAAAGUCCAUCCAGUGCCCAGCUAAUAGCCUACGUUGGAAGGGUUGGUUCGGAGUGGACAGCACCAGGGGAAUUUACAAAGUUUAGUUCUCAGAUGUCUAAGUCUUUCAGAUUAAUGAGUUCCAGACGCUAUUACUUUGAGCUACUUCACAAGCAGGACGACCAUGGCUCAGACCACGUGGAAGUAGCAUGGCGUCUAGCUCUUCCUGGCAUGAAGUAUGAGAUUGUGGAUGCCCCAUACUUGUCUCUUUAUACAGAUGAGACAUCUCUCAAGAUGAACGAGGUUUCCCACAUCCCACGCACUCUUUCCAGUGUUGCUAGCCACCAUCUGCCACCGAAGAGGGAGGAAUUUGCUGUUGAUAUUUUAAAACCAGACCCUCGGGACACUUUUUUUAUGACCCCAAUGAUCGAGGAAUCCAAGGUAGAAAAUGUGCUAGUUCCCUGUGCGUACAAUCCUACCUAUGUUGUCAAGGAUUUUCCCAUUGCACGUUAUCAAGGCCUGCAGUUUGUGUAUCUUACUUUUGUCUAUCCCAAUGACUUCACCCGCCUUACGCAUAUGGAAACCGAAAACAAGUGUUUCUAUCGCGAGUCUCCAGUGUACUUGGAGAAGUUUGGGUUCUAUAAAUACAUGAAGAUGGAUGAUGACGAAUCUCCUCAGAUGCCAUUCCUGUUCUUCAAUAGACACUUCAUGGAUGAUGAUGAAGAUGAAGAGGGGGCACUGCUUCCUGGCAUGUCACUCAGGAAAAAAAGGAAAGAGGAGAAAGGUGACCCUACUUCACCCAGCAUUGAGGGUCAGGGUCACCAUAAUGUUCUGUACAAUGAUUCCCAGGAUUCUAUGCCUACAAUAAAUGACAGCACACAGACCUCACUGAGAACUCGAUCUUUGCUGUGGGCACCAAGGGAUAGCCCACCAGCAGCUCACUGGGGACAUGGGAAGAAGCAAACACAUUUGCUGGGUGGGCAAGGAACAACAAGUAAUCCUAUAUCCACAGGGGACAAGUCUGCUUUUAGAACACGAGAAGGAAGGGUAAUUGAGCAUCGGGCAAAAGGGAGCAAGUUAGAACGUAAAGCAAAGAUUAGAAGCAGAUCUGAAGGCAAGAACAAAGGUGACCAGGCAGAGUAUAAAACCCGGCAUGAGAAAUUGGAAGAACAAGUGAUAUAUGCAAGAUCAGAUGUUAUAGGGAAGCACAUAAAUGUAGAAGUAAGGCCUAGUAAGGAAAGUAGGUUGGAGGUCACCACAGUAGAGGGAACCAUGAAGCAGACAUCAAAGGAAAAAUCUGCUACUUCAAUAAAACAGGAACAGGAUAAAGUUUAUGUGACGCGACUCCUCUCUGGAGUUCGAAAGACUCGAGGUCAAGUCUUCCCGGGGAUGCUGCUACCCAAACCUAAACCACACAGAACAUCUAAACACCGCGAGCACCCUCAUAUCCCUACACCCCCAAAAGAGCCGCAUGGGGGGCGACGGUCCAGACCCUGGACUCCACCUGAUACCUCAGAAUUAGGACUUUUUAGCUUGGAAGGUCAUACCGAAGUUCCAGGAUUACCCAUCCCUACCUCACCUAGUCUUCCUGGUGGCCCUCCUCUCAUUUCUUCAGAAGCUCCACCAGAAGAACUACAGGACUACAGCUACGAGGACACAGAGCCACGUCAGUUGUGGCCAGAAGAUGCCAUUAACUGGCAACGUACAUUCAGUGUUGGAAAUGUUGAUUUUGAAAUGCUGAGGUCGGACUGGAAUGACCUUCGCUGUAAUGUGAGUGGUAACCUGCAACUCUCGGAGUCUGAAACUGUGGAUCUGGUGGCUCAGUACAUGGAGAAGCUCAAUGAGAAGAAUGGAGGGAUAUAUACUUUACUCCGUAUAAUCAACGUGGAGAAGCGCCGGGAUUCAGCUCGGGGUAACCGAUACUUGUUAGAAUUGGAGCUUGAAGAAAGAGGCAGAAGGAAAGUAAGGCUGGCAGAGUAUGUGUACCUCCUUCUCCACCGUGGUACAGGAGGGGAUAGCGAUGAAAGUCCCCCUGCAGAACCACCUGAAAUUUCUCCCAGCCCUCCUGUCUUCAGUAAACCAAUCCUCUGCCGGCCUGUCAGCCUGACCUGGAACCCUCGUGCUACAGUGCACUUUGUGGUGCCUGUGAAGAACCAAGCUCGCUGGGUCCAGCAACUGAUCAAUGAUCUUGAGUUCCUGUAUUUAAAGACCCAUGAUGCACAGUUCAAUCUUAUCUUGGUGGAUUACGAGAGUGAUGAUAUGGAUGUAGAGCAGGCUUUACGCCGUGCUAAAUUGCCAAGCUAUCAGUAUAUGAAGAGAAGUGGAAACUUUGAGCGGGCAGCAGGACUACAGGCUGGAGUUGACACUAUACAGGACAAUCAUAGCAUUGUGUUCCUGUGUGACCUGCACAUACAUUUCCCUCUGUCAGUACUGGACAGUGUUAGACAGCAUUGCGUGGAGGGGCGUCUGGCCUUUGCUCCAAUCGUUAUGAGGCUGAGCUGCGGUAGCUCCCCAAUGAAUCCCAGAGGCUAUUGGGAAGUUAAUGGCUUUGGCCUUUUUGGGAUUUACAAGUCGGAUUUUGAUCGUAUCGGAGGUAUGAAUACAGAAGAGUUCAAAGACCGAUGGGGAGGAGAAGACUGGGAACUUCUGGACAGGGUGCUACAGAAUGGGCUUGAAGUUGAACGACUGCGUUUGAGAAACUUCUUCCACUACUAUCACUCCAAGAGAGGCAUGUGGAACACACAGAGCCAAGAAACCGCUGCCAAGGACUGACGUGGCGCCAAAUGGCUCUGUGACCUUUAGUCCCUUUUUUGGGCCCCUCCCCAAUUUGUGUUCGUCCAGAGGGGGGCUGGCUGUUAUGUUUAAUAACCAUGGUGUCGCCAGGGCCUGGCUCUGCACUUUACUGCAGGCUGCUCUGGUUGAGCUGAGUAGGCUGUGAUACUCUGCAGGAGAUGACUAAUAAGAUAAUUUAUUCAAGUCUUUCUACUUGAAUAGGGGAAUUGGCUUUCCCCACAAGCUGAGUGCAAGUUGCCAGUACUUGUUUGUAGCGGAUACGUUGCUAUGUAUUUUCAAACAGCAGAAUGGAUGGACAGGAGAAAAGGCCUUUUUUAUCACAAAGACUUUUUCACGCCAGCACGUUUUUAUGUUGUGUAUUUAAGUGUUAACCGACCUUCUGGCCAUUCUUUUAAUUGAAUGAAUUCCUUAACACGGUGGAAAAUAUUUCAGGUAAUACUAAUGCAAUGUGCAUUAUCACCUGCAUUUCUGCUAUGCGUUCUUCUUAAUAAUGACACAUACAGUAUAGAACUGCAGACAAACAGAAAUAGAAUUUUUAGAAGUACAGAAGAAGCGAGGACAUUUGAUUGUUGCAGUUAUCACCAGUCAGUUUUUAGAUGGAAACAGAAAUGCAGUUUUUACAUUAAGAGAAUUAUUUAACAAUUAGAAAAUCACAAUUUCAUUGUGUUUGGGGUAGUUGAGGUUCCUUUGUGGAUCUUUUGUAGCCCCCCCCCCCCCCACAGUGCACAUAUACAAAUGAAGAUGUAACACAUUUAAAAAAUGUGGUGCCGAGUAAUACAUUUAGGUGCACACCUUGUAAACCACUUACUGAUGCACUAAUAUCAGUGCAGGCCUGCUUAA